AUGGAAGGACUCAUCUUGGCUUUCUUCUCUGCGCUUCUGGUGAACUUGGUUUGUGUGGUUGGAGCGGAGAAUAUCCCUGGGAACCGUGAGGCUUUCUUCCACAGAAUUAGUGGAGGUCACAGGGACCAUGUUCAUCACUCCAACAGGUUCCCACUCUACAUGAUGCAGCUCUACCGGACUCUGCUGGAGGGGGACACCGCCAGGGCGCCGCCAUCUGUCAGCGCCGCCCGGACCAAGAGUGAGAACAACCCCCGCCUUCACGACUCCGACUCGGUACUCAGUCUGGUAGCCAAAAGUGAGUAUCUUUAUUUUACAAACACUUAGUUCUCUGUUUAUAUCGUGCAUUUUCUUAAUUAAUUUAUUUAUUUAUUUUUAUAUGUUUUUAAGCAAUUUUUCGCACCACAAUUCAAUUGGACACACUAAUUAAACGUAAGGUAAUGUUUUAACUAUUAUUUAAAUUAUAAUAGCAUAAUCGAAUUCACUCUCAGUUACAUUUAUUCCAUAAACAAUUAUUUGAAUUAAGGCUACUAGUGCGCGUUUUGAUUACUUUGUGACUAUGUGCUUCGCAAUAAUUUUAGCAUAUGGGAACCUUAUACAAUGCUUAUUGUGAAGAGCCCCUAGGCCAUGGCUUUUUAGCGCGUACUAGCCCCAGGUUGUCUGUUACAAGUGUGUCAGGAACGGAGGAAUACACAAUGCGACAGUAACAACAUUCUACUAUAUUAACUGCUCAUUGCAUGUCAAAAGACAGCGUGUGAAAGCAGUCUGUGGGCAACAAUAAAAGACAUGACACUAUCUUUGAUUGAUUGUAAUGAAUGGGACAGUCUGAUAGUCACAGAGGUGAAAGAGACAUGCUUGCACACUUUCAUAAGCCGUGUCUGCUGCCUGCUUUGCUAAAAUAUUUUCUAUGUUAUCUCUCCAGGUUGUCACCAGAGCGGUGGGAGGUGGUCUGUCACCUUUGACAUGUCCUCCAUCUCUGCAAGUGACAAUGUCCAGCGCUUUGAGCUGCGGAUCCGCCUGCCUACCUUCUCUGCCUCUGAGCGUGUCACUGUGGACAUGUACCACUCCCAGAGUGGCCGCUGCUCCAGCCCGCCAUGCCCAGAGAGCCUCUUCCUGGGCUGCCUGAGGGCAGAGCCCAGCUCCCUGACCGCCAUGUCCAACUGGAGGGUGUUCAAUGUCACCGCACUGCUCCGCUACUACUGGCUGCACCAGGGAGGCUCCGCACCUUGCCAUGAAGAGGGAAGGGCAGAGGAGAGAGAGGAGGGUCUGGAGAGGCUCCUGCACCCCACAGCCGACCGGGUCAUGAUGGUGGUCUUCUCCAAGCACCAGACAGAGAAGCGGGCCCCCACCCUCAUCCGCACUGCUGAGCAUUCCAAGUACGUCUCUCUGGACCGGGAGCGAGCUGGAGCAGGCCCUGCUGUCAGCGUAGAGGGUGGAAAGGGGGCCCGCCGCAGGAAGAGGCGCGGGCAGUACCAGAGAGCAGGAGUGGCUGGGGUGGCCCCUGGCGUGGCCCCCACGGAGGAGAGGAAGGGCCCGCUGUGCAGGAAGGUAGACAUGUGGGUGCACUUUGACCAGAUCGGCUGGAGCGAGUGGAUUGUUUACCCCAAGCGCUAUAACGCGUACCGCUGUGAGGGCAGCUGCCCUACCCCAGUGGACGAGACCUUCACCCCCACCAACCAUGCUUACAUGCAGGUAAGACUGCCAACAUUACAUCAUCACUGCUGAAAACGUACAUGUUUGAAAUAGAUUUAAAAUAGAGCCAUUGAUUUGUUUCCUAUUACAAUAUUGUAUGAUUUCCUGUUUGUUUGUGAGUUCACCUGUACUAACAUCUCUUUCUCUUCUCUUUCCAGAGUCUACUGAAGCUUCACCACCCAGAUCGUGUCCCGUGCCCGUCCUGUGUGCCCACCCGCCUGGCCCCUCUGUCCAUGUUGUAUUACGAAAACGGCGAGGUGCUGAUGCAGCACUUUGAGGGCAUGGUGGUGGAGGAGUGUGGCUGCCACUGA